GGAAAUACGCAGUCCUUUUAGCGCCCCUGUUAUGUUCCCGCGAGAUUUCGGUGUAGCACGGUCCAAACUGAGGUCCACUCUCCCUCCUGACUCCAAUAUUCGGGUAACUUUAGUAUCUUUGAGGUUUUUCUGAGUUUCCUGGUCGGUUUAAACUUGAUUUUCCUCCGUUAAGACUCAGACGGAGACCCUCGGCUCGUCUCUCGGACCUUCAGCCGCCCUCAGCUGUCCUGUUUACGGAGAAUUAGCCCGGCAGAGAUUAGCUUUGGGGCUGAUUUAGGUCACAGCAGGUCCGGGUUCUCAGACUAGUUUUCGGGUUCUGGACCAUGGUUUUACUAAAGAACCUCCGACCACCCACCGAGGGGGUCCGACACGAACAAGCCGAGACCACAGCGGUGCUGGGCGGACAGAAGCUGGGCUGCGGGACGCUGUACGUGGCGGAGACGUAAGUGACGCACAUGGGAGGUUAUUUUUCUGAUCAGAUUAUCGAUCAAAGGAAAAAUUGGUCCGUUGGAGAAAAGUUCCGUUUGAAAACUGAAAUUAAAGAUUUUCAUUUAAAAUAAUACAGAAAAUAAAUCCAACAGAGAAAACCCGACAGAGAUUUAACUUGCAGACUGAGUUUUCUGGUGUUUUCUGAGGUUUUAUGGAGGAAACAAACUGCCAUCUGUUUAAUUACUGCAUGUGUAAUAAAAUAUUCUGGAGGAAAAAAUCACAUUUAUAGGAAAACAGGACAAUUAAACCACCGAAAAGACAAAGAUAUCUUUAUUUGUUUUCAAGAGAAACAGAAAGAUUUUAUUUUUUUGGACAGUUACUUUUUUUUUUCUUGGGAAAUUUCACAUAAACAAGAAAAAAUGGCCUGACUCUGACCCAAACAGUGACCACUUUAAAAAUGAACUGAACUGUUAUUAUUGGACUGAAGAGGAAGACGGCUCUGAAAACAGACUCUGUUUACCACAAAUAUUAUCUUUGAUCGACGACUUCUUUUUUCUCUUACUUCUUACCUGGUUUUUAUUUUCUUCCAGUUUUUUUGUUUGUUUGUCUUGUUGAUGUUUUCGUUAGUUUGAUUGUUUUCUUAAUUCCCUGUAAAACGUCAGUAGUAUAUUGUAGAAUGUAAUAAUCACAUAAAAAAAAGAAACAAAUAAAAAUAAAAAAAUAAUAAAGGGAGUGCAGGACUGAACCUUCAUUCAGGACUCAAGUUAAUAAUAAUAAGAGUAAAUUAAAUUAAAGAUAUUCUCAGACUAAUAUCACAGACAAACCUGGAUUUAAUGAUCUUUAGUCUGUUUUCAAUGUUUCUCACUGUUGUCUUCUGUAAUCAUAAAAACUAAUCCCUGAUUUUCAGUCAUUUACGUCCAAUCAUACACAUGUAUUUACUGUUAUUUUUGUUAAUUGAUUUUUGAGUUACUGAUACCGCAACAUCUCUGAUUGUAAAAUCGGAGUUUGAUGCUCCUGUCUACGGUGGCCCUGAAGGUCUGUGGCACAAAUUUUUCAGGAAGGGGAAAAAAAAUUAAGACGCUAAAAAUAUUUAAUAAAUCAUCAAAUUAACACCAUGUUAAAACAUUAAAACUAGAAAUGUAUGGAAACGUCUACUGCCAUCCUUAAAGGGAUAUUCUGUCAUUAAAUUAAUUUAGGGUCAAACCCACAGUAACACCGAGUUAGACCCCCCCUCCAGAGAUGAAUGUUGUCGACCGCUUGCUUCUCUAGUUAUACCAACUUUAGUAACGACCACAGGAUAGAAAUACAGAGAGCCACGCCCCCAACCAAAACGCCACUCUAUAGCCACAAAUAAUGCUCAGAACAGCACCUAACUUCAUCAACAGGACAUAUAGGGUCACAGACAUAGUACUAGACACCAAACCAAACCUCAGGUCAGUCCAUUACAGACUACAGCGGGGUGCCGCAGUUCAAGGAAGAAUAUUUAUGAUCAUUUCUUCAUGGAAAUACAAUCAGACCGAGACGCUGAGACAGAAGAACUACCGCGUCUGUAAAAUGAUUAAUAUGAUGAUUAUUACUUCAAGGAAAUGAUGAAGAAAUGAUCAUAAAUGUUCUUCCUUGAGCUGCGGCACCCCGUUGUAGUCCGUAAUGGACUGGUCUGAGGUCUCUCUACAAACAAGCGGCUGCUGGAAGAGAGUAGGUGAGUUUAAAAAUAAAGAUAUAUGGAAACAUCUUUUGCCACCCUGAAGUAUCUGUGCUGUUUGUAACGGUCAUAGUACAUGCAUACUAUUUUAGUGUUUUGUGUUGUUGUAUAUAGUGCACAAACUUGUAUAUUAUCUCUUUAUUUUGACUUAUUUUAUCUCUUAUUUAUCUCCUCUUUCUACUUUAUUUUCACUGGAGUUACUGUGACAAAAAGCAGUUUUCCCCUCCUGAGGAUUAUUCAAGUAUUUCUGAUCCUGUUGACCUUCAGAGCCACCGUACCUCUGUUUCCCUUUCCCUCCCGCUCUGGUCUGUUUCAGUUAAUAACUUUAUUAUUAUUAUUAUUCACACUUGGUUGUGUUGUUGUUGUUGUUGUUGGUUUUCAUCUCGAUGAAAAUCCCAGUUUGUACUCUGAGACUGAAGUCACUCUCCUCUGACUUGAUGACUUUUUCUUCGUGUUUGUCUUCUUCAGGCGUCUUUCAUGGUUCGACGGCGCGGGUCUGGGUUUCUGUCUGGAGUAUCCCACCAUUGGUUUGCACGCCAUUUCCAGAGACGUGAGUGCGUACCCACAGGAGCACCUGUACGUCAUGGUCAACGGCAAAGUCGGGGGUAAGGAGGACGCUGCCGAGUCGGACAGUUUUCUGAUUUAUUAUUGGCCAAUCAAGAAGAAGGGCUGAAAAUCUGACCGUUUUUUUUUUUACUCACAUUUCUAACGGCGUGUUUCGUUCUCUCAGAUGACAAUGAGGCUGAAAUGGCCGAGAAAGCAGCUGAUGAUGAUGAUGAUGAAGAUGAAGAGGACGAGAGCAGCAGCAGCAGCGGUGGAGGAGAUGAUGAUGAUGAUGAUGAAGGAGCGAUCACAGAGAUCAGAUUCGUUCCCAGUGACAAAGCAGCAUGUGAGUCUCUCUGACAGUCAGACCUGAACCAGGAUUUAAAGGCUUCAAGACGAAAACCUCCAGGAUCCGCUUUGAGGUCGUUGUUCAGUAUUUUCUCCGUAGAGCAGCGUUACGCUCCAAAUACGCUGAUCCUGGAGGUUUUUAGUCUUCACUCUUACUGAGCAGGUCUUCAGAAAACCAGGACCAGUCAGACCCAGUUAGAAAAACCAGAUUUAAAGGUUAAAAAAAAAGGUUUAAAGAGUCGAUGAGAUCCAGCAGACUGUAGAGAGGACGUCUCUGAGGGAGGAAGGAUCUGCAGUGAAACAGGAGCGUCUUCACAGCCUGAAGACCUGCAUGAACACACACACACACACACACACACACACACACACACACAGCCGUGUCCUCCGACUCUCACACACACUCUGUGUCUUCAUACAGUGGAGUCCAUGUUCUCCGCCAUGUGCGAGUGUCAGGCGCUGCAUCCCGACCCCGAGGACGCCGACUCAGACGACGACUUUGAAGGAGAAGAGUACGACGUGGAGGAGGCUGGUGAGGACAACAGACACACACACAGACACACACUUUUCACACAGUUUAGCGCUGAGGGCUGCGAUGAUGUGAUUUUCUCGUGAUUUGAUUCUUUUACAUUUUUUUUGGAUGCCGAUUUGAUUUAAACUUCAAUUCUACGAUAUCGUCAAUUUUCUCGAUCUUUAGUCUGUAUUUUUAACAUGUAAGUCCGUUUAUAAGAUUUAUUCUCACAUUUAAGAAAAAUCGAUUUAAAAAUUAUAAAACAAAAAUUGCGAUACUUCUGUGAAUCGAUUUUUUUCUCCCACCCUAUUACAGUGUUGGAAAAAAGUUUGGAAUAUUUUCUUCAGUGUUUCGUGUAACGUGAAUGAUCCUCCAACAAACGUGGCUGAACUGACUCAGGCUGUGAUCCAAUGCUGUCGAGAAAUCCCGGUUGAAACUCUUACCAACCUAGUGACCAGCAUGCCCAGACGUGUACGCGCAUUGUACAACGCUAGAGGCGGUCACACAAAGUACUGACUGUGUUGUUGUUAUCGUCUUGUUAUGUUUGAUGUUGCUUUCAAAGAUGGUCCACGUAUUUUGUGGCAAUUUAAAAUUACAGCCGUUUAUUUAUUAAAUACCGACUCAUGAUUUUAUGCGUUAUUUCUAUGGCUUUUUGUGAAUCAUGAGGUGUCCGCCCUACAAUUUUUUGAGAAACAAAAUAGUUUGAUGUGGAUUUCAAAAAACAUAUUACAGAGACCAGGGAACAUUAAAAAGUCUUUGAAUAAUUCUCCAGAAAGCAGCAGACCGCGUUAAACACGAGGCUGGGGUUGAAUUGACAAAUAUUCCAAACUUUUUUCCAACACUGUAGCUCAUAAGAAGAACCAUCAUGGGGGAAAAAUCGAUCAGAUACGAGAUCAGAACUUUUCUUUUCUUUGUGAAAACACAGUCAGGAUGUUUUAAUUAAGAUGAUUUUCAUGUGAGAGAGUCGGUCCGCCUCGUCAGACGUGAAGAUGAAGAGAUCAGGGAAAAGCCGCUCAGUCACAGACCUGUGAGAGACAAACGGAGACGGUCUGAAUCUCUCUGUGAACGAACAUGGAUCAGCUGACGACAAACGUUUGGUUCUCACCUGUCCUCUCUCCGUUUCUCUCUCUCUGUCUCUCUCUCUCUCUGUCUCUCUCUCUCUCUCUCUGUCUCUCUCUCUCUCUGUCUCUCUCUCUCUCUCUCCCCCUCUCCCCUUCUCUCUCUCUCUCUCUCUCUCCCUCUCUCUCUGUCUCUCUCUCUCUCUCUCUCUCUCUCUCUCUCUCUCUCCCUCUCUCUCCCUCUCUCUCUCUCUCUCUCUCUCUCUCUCUCUCUGUCUCUCUCUCUCUCUCUCUCUCUGUCUCUCUCUCUCUCUCUUUCUUUCUCUCUCUCUCUCUCUCUCUCUCUCUCUCUCUCUCUCUCUCUCUCUCUCUCUCUCUCUCUCUCUCUCUCUCUCUCUCUCUCUCUCUCUCUCUCUCUCUCUCUCUCUCUCUCUCUCUCUCUCUCUCUCUCUCUCUCUCUCUCUCUCUCUCUCUCUCUCUCUCUCUCUCUCUCUCUCUGUCUCUCUCUCUCUCUCUCUGUCUCUCUCUCUCUCUCUCUCUCUCUCUCUCUCUCUCUCUCUCUCUCUCUCUCUCUCUCUCUCUCUCUCUCUCUCUCUCUCUCUCUCUCUCUCUCUCACUCUCUCUCUCUCUCCUGGUCGUCUGGAUUUCCCGUCGGAUCGCAGAAGCAGGUGAGUUUCAACACUCGUCCACAUGAACACAAUCCAACGUCUGAACUGAAUAUUUGAGAUCUGAGGGUCUGAACUGGUCUGAGGACCCAAAGAGUGGGACUGAAGUCUUGACUGAGUCCCUUAUCAGACUUUUGUGGGUCUUUAGUCGAGCAGAGUUAAAUCCUUUUCAGCCUAAAUUCAGUUAAAUACACUAGAAAGACAAGAUCUUUAAUGUUCAAACUCAUAAAGUUAAAGUAUUUGGACAGGUUCAUGUUUACCUCUGUGUUCCAUCACCUUUUAACAAACUCAGUAAACGUUUGUGAACUGAGGAGACGAACUGUUGGAGUUUAGAAGCUGCUUUUAUACCCACUCAUGACACCCACCUGUAUUAACCUGCUCACCUGUUAACGGUCCAAACAGGUGUUUGAGCGUUCCUCAAGUUUCUCAGGAUUUUUUACCACCUUUCCAAACUUCUUUGUCAUCAGAUUCUAAAGUUACUGAUUAUUUGCAAAAAAAAAAAAAAAAAGUUAAUGAGUUUGAACAUUAAAUAUCUUUGUAGUGAAUUCAACUGAAUAUAGGUUAAAAAGGAUUUACAGAUCAUUAUAUUCUGUUUUUAUUUACGAUUAUCACGACUUCAUUGGAGUUUGGUUUGUAUUUCCAGUCUGAAAUAAUGAAGAGAGCAGAUCUUCAGUUUUUCUAGAGUUCUCUAAUGUCUGUCGUCGUCGUCGUCGUCGUCUUUGUUUGGCUCUCUCCUCCUCCACCCCUCAGAACACGGACACGCAGACAUCCCCACCUUCUACACCUGUGACGAGGGUCUGUCGUCGCUCACUCAGGAGGGUCAGGCCACGCUGGAGAGGCUGGAGGGGAUGUUAGCUCAGUCGGUGGCUCAGCAGUACAACAUGGCCGGGGUCCGAACAGAGGAGACCAACGCUGAGUUUGAAGGUUUGAGCUGCGGCAGGUUAUCCAAGUCAAACUGUUUCCUGUUGUCCUUCAAAAUAAAGUGCGUAAAGUGGGCGUGUGCUUGAUCUGACAGAUGGGAUGGAGGUGGACGCAGCAGCCAUGGAGGCGGGUCAGUUUGAGGACGCAGACGUGGAUCACUGGUAAGAGGAGCUGAAGCGUGAGUGAAAUAAAGAUUUAAAGGAGUUUGUGUUGAAUAACUGAUCUAUGUUCAUAUUUCUACAGAUUGAAGUCUCCGCUGAAGGAUUGAGGAAGACCGCAGCACUUCUUUACAGCUCUUUAACUCUCUGUCACUAAAAUCCUCUUUUCUCCUGGAUCUAAAAUCUCUCCGUCUGUUUUUUCUGGUGUUUGAUCGGCGCUCAGACGGUGUUCAGCUCUUCUGCUCUUCCUCCCGUCGCCUCCCUCCCUCCUCUUCCUCCUCUUCUUCUUCUUCGUGUUCAGACUGAGCAGAAGCAGCUUCAGAGCGACCCGAGCUCAAACCUAACACUGAGUUUCUGUUUUGUACCUUAGUACCGUUUAAUAUCUGCUUUUCCUGCCGAUGGGGAGUUCAUGUCUUUGUAUGAAAUUGUCAAUAAAGAAAUAGUUUUUGUAAAAGA